AUGCAAUUCUGGCAGACACUGCUGGGUGGACACUAUCGGCAAAGUCCACCGCCAGUUGAACACGCCUUUGCUCAAAGAAUUGGUUCAGUAUCGUCAGGAUGGGAAUACUCUCGACAGUCAGAUGUCCCUGAACUUCUCCAGGAAAAGAUUCGUCUCGAGGACGAGCAACGACGAAAUCGUAAGAGGAAAGCAACAGCAGCAUCGUCACAAGGAUAUCCUCCUGUCAACAUCACCAACGUGAUACCUAAUCAUGCCGAGCCUCCUUUGCCACAGUCCUCACAAACAAAGAGCCAAUUAUCAAUCUUUUGUCCAAUAGCAGUGAGCGCUCUGGACAUCCCCGGCUAUCGUGACGACGCAGUCUGGGAUUACGUUGAGUACCUACAAGGCAAGGUGCGUAACCAUAGACAUCGAGAAGAGUUCCAAAAGGCCGGCAGUAUCGAGUUGGACGAAUUGCUGGAAUCUUGA